AUGUCGUCUCAACCAAAGCAGGAAUCGUGGAAAGCCAUCGCCCGACGCAAGCAGGCCGAACGAGCAGGUCACAUCCCUUCAAAAUGGCACAUACCGUCCCACGUCCUCCCCAAAGACCCACCGAGGCUUCAAGACGGGCCCCAGAACGUCCUUGACAUCCCGCGCCAGUUCCUCUCGCCGGCCGAGGUCUCCGUCACCGAGUCCUAUACAAUCCCGCAGCUGUGCCAGGCCGUCUCUUCGCGUAGUCUCUCGGCGGUGGAGGUGGCAGAAGCCUUCUGCCAUCGCGCGGCCAUCGCCCACCAGCUCACAAAUUGUCUGACAGAGCCCCUCUUCGACGCGGCCCUGCAGCGCGCGCGGUACCUCGACGAGUACCUCCGCGAGCACGGCGUGCCCCUCGGGCCCUUGCACGGCCUCCCCGUGUCGGUCAAGGACACCUUCGACGUCGCCGGCGUCGACACGUCGAUAGGCCUGGCGUACCUGUGCCACAAGCCUGCCGCACGGAACGCGCCUCUGGUCGAUCUCCUCCUCUCGCUGGGCUGUGUCGUCGUGGCCAAGACCAACGUGCCGCAGACCCUCGCCAGCCUCGACUCGGUCAACAACGUCUUUGGCCGCACGAUGAACCCGGUCAACCGGCUGUGCACUGCCGGCGGGUCCUCGGGCGGCGAGGGCGUCCUCGUCGCCAUGAGGGGCUGCAUGAUCGGUAUCGGGACCGACAUCGGCGGCAGCAUCCGCGUGCCGGCCAUGUGCAACGGCGUCUACGGCUUCAAGCCCUCCAACGGCCGUGUGCCCUACGGCGGCCAGGCGCUGACGGGGGUUGAGGGCCUGAGCCGCACGUCGGUGCAGGCCGUCGCCGGUCCGAUCGGCCGGAGCGUCGAGGACAUUGACUCGCUCAUGCGCGAGAUCGUGCCCCGGGCCGCGCUGUGGGGGGAAGACUGCAUGCCGGCUACGUGGUCGCCGGGUCCCCGGGAAUCGUCACUGGUAUCGCCAUCCGGCAGCGGCAAACACGGCGAGCUGGUCAUCGGCAUCCUCCGCACCGACGGGAACUGCAACCUCCACCCGCCCAUCGCCAACAUGAUGGACGAAGUGGCGUACUUCCUCGCGACGACCCCCGGCGUCAAGGUCGUCGAACUGGGAUGCCCUCCGGCAUGGACCAAGGCGCAGUCCGUCAUGAACAAGCUGAUGGGGGCCGACGGGGGUGUCACGAUGGCUGAGAUGAUCGAGGCGACGGGCGAACCGUUGGUGCCGUGGACGGCGUCGCGCUUCAAGAAGGGCAGACCGCAGCCGCUCCCGCGCCUCGCCGAGCUCCAGGCCCAACGCGCCCGUCUGGAGCGCGAGAUGCUCGGGAUCUGGGUCGAGGACGACGAGCACGGCCGCCGCCGGCAGAAGCUCGACGCCCUCGUCUGUCCCGUGGCACCGCACCCCGUGCCGCCGAUCGACGGCUACAACGCCGUGGGGAUGACCAGCAGUUGGGUUCUGCUGGACUAUCCCGCGGCAACGGUGCCUGUGCGGGACGUCAAGGAGAGCGACCUGCAGCUCGGCAGGCCGCAGGGUGGCAAGGUUCUGGGGAGCUGGGACCAGAGGAACCGCGAGCUCUGGGACGAGAGCAAGAUUGAUAGGAGGGUGUAUCUAGGGACGCCGCUGAGCGUCCAGGUUGUUGUGCCGCGGCUGCAGGACGACAGGUUGGUUGAUGUCAUGGGCUGCGUGGAUGCGGCGUGUAAGAGGAAAGGAGGCAACGCCCACGCGAAGCUUUGA